AUGCCUGACAAGAUCCUCGACGACAUCUCUCAUCGCCGCUACAACCCUUUGCGGGGCAGCUGGAUCCUCGUCUCCCCUCACCGUACCAAGCGCCCCUGGCAAGGUCAACAAGAGUCGCCAGGCUUAAUCGAGCUCCCGGACUACGACCCCAAAUGCUAUCUUUGCCCGGGCAACACGCGGGCCUCCGGCGACGCCAACCCGCAGUACAAGGACACCUUCGUCUUUGUCAACGAUUAUAGCGCCGUAAAAGAAUCUCAAGCCGACUAUGCCGCUCCCGAUGCGCCCGGCAGCCUUCCUGGACUGUUGCUUCAGGCGGAGCCGGUCAAAGGCAAGUGCUAUGUGCUGACCUUCAGCUCUGCGCACAAUAUCACCCUUGCAGACAUGGGUUCGGAAGAGAUUGUACCCAUAAUCAGGACUUGGACUGAGAUCUACACUGCGCAUCUGGACCCCAAGUCGCCUCUCGCUAGCCUGGCUGAGCCGACGCAUUUGCCACCCUCCAGUCCACACGCUCAGGUCGAUACGCCCAAAGAUCAGUAUCGAUGGAUGCAAAUUUUCGAGAAUAAGGGUGCCGCGAUGGGUUGCUCAAAUCCUCAUCCGCAUGGACAGAUCUGGACGACGACAUCACUGCCUGAGGAGCCUGCAGCGGAGCUAGAACAACUGAGGAAGUACCACCGCCAGCAGGGCGGGCAACACUUGCUCGUGGACUAUGCUAGAUUGGAGAGAGAGAAAGGCGAAAGAGUGGUCUGGCAGAACGACACCUUCCUUGUGGUUUGUCCGUGGUGGGCUACCUGGCCGUUUGAGACUAUGAUUCUGCCCACCAAGCAUAUCCGCUCGUUAGUCGACCUGUCUGAGACAGAGCAAGUGCACCUCGCAGAGGCUAUCGCGCAAGUCACUCGGAGGUACGAUAAUCUCUUCGAGACGAGCUUCCCGUACAGCAUGGGCAUUCACCAGGCUCCGCUACAGGGUUCUGAGGAGGAGAUCGAGUGCUCCAGCCUGCACAUUCACUUCUAUCCUCCACUUCUUCGGUCGGCCACUGUCCGCAAAUUCCUCGUCGGCUACGAAAUGCUGGGCGAGCCGCAGCGCGACAUCACACCGGAGCAGGCGACUGUUCGGUUGCAGAACUGUGGCGGAGAACUCUACCGCAAAAACCUGCAGAAAGGCGAACAGGUCACCAACCCACCCGCGAAAGAGAAAGCAGAUGCUUGA